GGCUUAAUACAGAAACGUUUUGUAUUGGAUCCGACAACCAAACCCGUCACACAUAACGACUUCUUCUCCCAUCUUUAUUUCAACGCUUUCAUGGUAAGAAGCCUUUGUAUCUCUCCAUCCAUUGCAAAAUUCUCCAUAUUCAGGCACAUAACAUCCAUGGCUCAAUCAGUAGAUACAAGUACUGGGAAGAAGCUUAUCCAAAUUGACAUAAGUUCAGACACUGUCUGUCCCUGGUGUUUUGUGGGCAAAAUGAACCUGGACAAGGCUAUAAAUUCAUCAAAGGAUCUAUUUGAUUUUGAGGUUUGCUGGCACCCAUUUUUUCUUGAUCGUUCUGCACCCAAAGAAGGCAUAAAGAAGUCUGAAUUUUACAGGAAAAAGUUCGGAAAUCGAUAUGAACAGAUUACUUCGAGAAUGGCAGAGGUUUUUCGAGGUCACGGGCUUGAGUAUGAUACUUCUGGGCUAACGGGGAAUACAAUGGACAGCCACAGGCUGAUACAAUUCGCUGGGCGGCAAGGCUUCAAUAAGCAAAAUGCUCUUGUACAAGAGUUGUUCCUCAAUUAUUUCACACAGGGCAAAUAUAUAGGUGAUCGGCAAGUUCUUGUGGAAGCUGCUACAAAGGUCGGUGUAGAGGGAGCAGCAGAGUUCCUUGAAGAUCCAAAUAAUGGGGUCAAAGAGGUUGAAGAUGAACUCGAAAAGCAUUCUGCAGUCAUUAGUGGAGUCCCAUUUUUUGUGAUCAACGGAAAGCACAAGCUGAAUGGUGCCCAAUCGCCGGAGGUGUUUGUAGGAGCUUUUCAAGCAAUUGCAAAUGUCCGCGCCACAUGAUAUGAUUACAAGAAACCCUUGAUAGUUAGGGAAAUAAUCAAAUCCUAAAUGCUGAAAUCUUAGCUAGAUAUUAAAAUUUCAAUAGUGGCAGUCAUGCACAUAUCCGACCCGUUCAUCUAUUUGGCCUUACCAUGGAUGGCUCACAUACGCCAAUGGUCAGGCUGUUAGAUAAUCCUAACUAGUGAUUGUAUCUUGAGUGGUGAUUUACUGUAAUUGUCAAACUCAUCUGAUUGUGGCUAGGAUUAACUGACCGCUGUGAUUUGGGGCACACCAAAAUAGAGCCCAACAGAUGAAAGGUCUGGAUUAUGUGUGUUACUCCAAAAAAUUAAAUAAUAAUAAUAGUAAGGUUUACCGCCUAGCAGCAUUAUUCGCUCGUAGUUAUGCAAGUAUUUACCAAGUGUGUUACUCUCAAAAAUUAAAUAAUAAUAAUAAUAAUAGGGGUGUGUUUGGUUAAAUUUCAUGAUAUUUAGUGCAACCAAACACGCCCCAAAAUAAAAAUUGCAAAGAGACCUUCCUAUCAAACAUGUCUGUAAGGGGCUUUGAAUCUUCUGAUGCUUGUAUUACAGUUUGGUUAAAAACCUGUUUUCCCAAUACAAUUGUUUCCAUGAUAAUGGUCUCUCUCGUCUGUGAAAUAGAUUGGCGAUUCUAUCGCU